CUCCCCACGCAGAUCGCCACGUGUCCCGCCGGCACAUCGGAUCUCGUUGAUCCCGCCGCCGCCGCCGCUGCAGCCUUCUCCGGUGCCGGCUUCUUCUCCUCCGGCUGUGGCUGUUCUAUCGCUGGCUCCGAGCAAGAAGAAGACUAUUUCUCAUGCUUAUUCAAACAAAACCAGGACAACCACAUGAGAGAGAUUUUGAAACCUAGAGAGAGAGAGAUCAGUGAAGAAGGCAGAGAAAUCGUGAGUCAGAUCUCGAUUGGCUCCAUCACCGUCGACUUCCUCACCUGCAUUGGCUCUGCAAUGCUCCGCUGUUCACCACUGCUCGGUGGUGGAUAGAUAGAUAUGAGCAAACCACGGCACAAACCACCAUCUGGCCGUACAAACCUCGCAUCAUGCAUCGUCGCCACAAUCUUCUUGAUCUUCGUAAUCAUCAUCAUCCUUAUCGUGUUCUUCACCGUAUUCAAACCCAGAGACCCCCAAAUCUCCGUCAACGCCGUCCAACUCCCCACCUUCUCCCUCGCUAACAGCACCGUCAACUUCACGUUCUCCCAAUACGUCUCCGUCAAGAACCCCAACAGAGCUGUGUUCACCCACUACGCCAGCACACUACAGUUACUGUACUCCGGCAGCCAAAUCGGCUUCAUGUUCAUACCCGCCGGCAAGAUCGACGCCAACUUGAAAGUCAGAGCUCGUAUGCACUCUUGCAUAGAAGGUGUUCGGCGCCCAGGCACAACGCUAGCCACCGCCGUUUUUGCUACCUCUCCACUGUCGCCUCCGAUGUUGCUCCUUGGCGGAUCGACAGAUCUCAGAUGUCAAACCCCCAAACUCUUUCUUUUCUCUCAGCUCUCUCUGGUCCCUUUUAAUCAGACCUAUGCACAUGGUCCCUUUUUGUUUUAAUUAACCCACCGCCCAACCUCCUUUAAUCAGACCUAUGCACAUGGUCCUUUUUUUUUUUUUAA